AUGGAACGGGAGCAAUCCACGUCGCCCAUGCGACGAGCGACGUCUCCGCGACUGUCGCCCGCGUCGCAUUCUCUCGCAACGGUGCUCCUCGCGCUGCCUAUCCUCCUCAUCGUCUCCCUGGCGGUUCUUUCCGCCACGUUCCCCCUUUCGUGGUCGUCCGCCAGAUAUGUCUUCCGCCGGCCCGCCGCGGAACCCGCGCAAGCGGUGGAAAAAGCCGCACAAGUGGGGGGGACAGCGCAGCAGUCGGCGGAACUUCAACUGGGGGAAAGCGCAACAGAUGCUGAUCUUGUAGCGGUGGGGGCAGUAGCGGCGAGCAAUGUAGCGAGCGACGUGGCGAGUAAAGCGGCGGGCAAUACGGCGGCCAAAGCGGCGGAAAAUGCGGCGGGCAAUGCGGCGGGCAGAACGGGGCUUGCGCUUGACGCCCCGGUGCGGAGACCCCCGCCGCCUGGAGCGCCGCAAAAAUCGCCGCCGCCUGGAGCGCCGGGAAACGUGCCGGGGGACGUGCCGUUGCCUGCGGCGGGGAAGGAUUUCAGCGUCGUGGCGUACGGCGCGAAAGGCGAUGGCAAGACGGACAACACGAAUGCGUUCCUCCGCACGUUCGCCGCCGCAUGCGCCUGGACUGCGGACGCGGACGCGGGGAACGGCGCGGGCGCGGGAGCGGAAGAGGACCCGGGGACAGGGGCAGGGGGCGGUGCGGCGCGGAUGGUCGUUCCUGCUGAGGGGAAGUUCCUAAUUUACCCCAUGUAUUUGAAGGGGCCUUGCAGGAGCGGACUACAAUUUGUGGUCAAUGGCGUCAUCACAGGCGCCGCUGACGUCAGCAGCUAUCCGAAACCCGCCAAACCGAGCUCGUGGGCGCUGCUACUGUUCAACCGGAUAUCGAAUCUGGAGAUUUCGGGCGGCGGAGUGAUGGAUGGCGCGGGGCAGGGAUUUUGGAAGUUUCCCGGGCAGCAGCGGCCGGCGCUUCUGUCAAUCACUAAUUGCGAUGGAGUGACGAUUCGCGAUAUGCUGUUCACCAACCCAGCACGACAGCACGUGAAGAUAUACGGAACUACUGAUGUGCUUUUAGAGAGAGUUGCUACACUUUCCCCAUAUAACAGCCCCAACACGGACAGCAUUCUUCUCAGCGGGGUGGUGAACGGCAUCGUGCGCAACAGCAGACUGGAAGGAGGCGACGACAAUGUUGCCAUCAUUACCGGGUGUCGAAACAUCCUUGUGGAGAAUACGCAGUGUAUCAAUGGGCACGGCAUAAGCAUUGGCAGCCUGGGCGGUGACGGGGAGCUGGGGUGCGUAUCCGACGUGACAGUAAGGAACGUGAGCUUACGGGGGUCCAACAACGGCCUCCGAAUCAAGACCUACCAGCAGGGAGUGGGUCUCGUAAGCAAUGUAACAUAUGAGGACGUAACCGUAACCGACGUUACAUGGCCGAUUCUCAUCAACCAGUUCUAUUGUGACAAGAAGACGGCUUCGGCCAGUAGCUGCAAGCUCAGUAGCACGGCUGUAGCGGUUACCAACAUCCGUUACAAGAACAUCCGUGGCACGACGAAUGGCACGGUCGGCGUGCUUCUAAACUGCAGCCAAUCGGUGCCAUGCUCUAGGAUAUCCUUUUCGAACAUUUACCUCACCUCCUCCCGCAAACCCAAGCCAUCCAAUCAGCUGCUCAGCACUACUCUCAAGGAGAACUGGGUUGGAGUCAACUCAGCCAACUCAGUCAAUGGAGUCAACGCUGCUGAUACCGACUCACUAGCGCUGCUGAACCAGGAGACCCAAGUCAACGGAGUCAACAAACGGGCAGUAGCGCCAGUCAAGACAGUCAGCCCACUUGCCAAGCUGUUCGGAAUCGGCACCAGCAGCAGCAUCACCACUGGUAGCAAGCCUGGAACCUCGGCAAUAACGGAUCUUUCAGGAUCAGAUCUGAUUGCGGUGCUCAACAACGCGUAUGGAGCCACGGAUGUCAAGUCGGUGUCGGUGUUCCUAGCGGAGGUGCGGUGGGAUGGUGCGACCCCCCCUGCUGCAGCAAAGGCCGCCAUCAGCAGCAUGGCAGCAAAGUGCAUACAAACAACCAUUUCACUCAAGUCAGCUUUGGUGGCCAGCAUUGAUGCUGGAAUUCACUCAUCCAAUUCUGUUAGAUCAUUAAUCACACCGUGA